AUGCGGCGAGAAUUUGAGUUGAAAUUCGAUAAUCAUGAAUAUCACGGUUAUGUUCUAGUUCUGGAGGGCUGCAUUUGGUUUUGGGUUGGUCUGAAAGAUGUGACGUCAUUGGGAUUGGCGCUCUCUACAAUGUCCUCAAUGCUAAUCGAUACACCGAACACCCAGAAUGUAUGCGUGAAAGCGAUCACGAUGCGGAUAGCGAAGAUCUUCCAAGAACGACAGCAUGAAAAAGAGUACUUUGUACGAGAAACUCAUACAUCAGCUCAUUUAUUUUGGGUAUUUUUCUCCUCCGACAUUGAUGAUGAAAAUCCUCUCUUCUGGCAGCACCUGUUUGAGGCAAUGCAACCGGAAUUUGAACGAAUCACCGCUUCAGCAUCUACUUGA